AAUCUGGUUUUGAAAGUCAUGGUGAGAAGCUAAAGUUAGAACCGGUAUUGGGCAGUCUUAUGAGAUGGGUCAGUGUGCAGCUGUUCCAGGAGCUUUCGGGAUUGCACAACAUGGCCACUCCGAUGCAUGUGAAUCAAUUACAGAGAAACCUUGUCAAGAUGGCCAAACCUCCAGCCUUAAAUAAUUGAAUUCUCUGCCAAACCCUGUCUGCUGUCGUUAUCUAGAAAUGUAAUUAUGUAGCUAAAUCAAGCAACUAAAAUUAGUGUAGUGUAAAAACACCUUGGCUAUCUGAAAGUGGACGAAUUGACAUUGGGCUUAGGGAAAGCCAAUAGUUGGGUAUGGUGUGGUGGUGUCUGAAGUUCUCGCUCAUCAUCAUUUUGACAAAAUCUAUAUUGUGCAUCCUGUUGAGAGAGAAAAGUGGUUUGUGGCAAGGGGGUGUCUGAUUUGAAGGUGACAUUGUGUGUGUGUGUGUGUGUGUGUGUGUGUGUCCAGAAGUCAAUGUCUGGUAACUUCUUACAUUCCUUUCUUUAUGUUUUUUGAGACUGUGUCUCAUUGCAUACAAAUGUCACAGAUUCAAGACUAGUUGGCUAUGAGCCCCAGGGAUCCUCUGAUCUAUGCAUAAUGAGUGCUAGCAUUGUAGGAUGGUCCUACCAUGCUUAUCACAGAGGUCUUGGGUGUCUGAAGCCAGGCCUUCGAGCUUCCUCAGUAUUUUACCAAUUGAGCUAUCUGCCAGGCCCUAUGAAGGCCAUCUUCAAUUGUCUUCAGCCCUUACUUCAUGAGAGUUCCAGAUUGCUAGUUAUGCCCACAUAUUUCCUGGUAUGAAAAGUGGGAACAUGCCAGUUGAUCAUCAUCUGAGCCCUCACAUCUGAAGUCAAAGAUGGGUGAAUACCAACUGUGAGGGGAAGAGCAGAACCGGUGGUGAUUAACUCCCUCUAUUGCACACUGCAAGGAGGUGACGAGAUAUUCUGACAUUGUUACAUGCCCAAAUAGAUCUGGAGUCUACGAGGCAAAUGAAGUUGCUCGAGACGGUAGAGCUAGGAAAGGGACACCCCAGCUUUCACUUUGCAUACUCCUCAACACCUUUCAUCUCUGAAAGCGAGGGUGGUGGGAGGGAAUUCAUCUUUGUUUAAUAUAUAGCAGAUUCAUGUAUCACAGCUGGGACACACAUGUAAAAGCCAUGUGAAAUCCCUUCACACAUGAACACAGCACCAGCAAGUCUGCACCUACUCUGUGGCCCCCAAGAUAGCUAACACAUUUCUAGAUCACAAGUCACAGUGCAAUCCAGCAAGACAACUAGGGAUUGUGUAUGAGGUAUUUUAAAUUCAGCACUGCCUCCUACUGGCUGCAAAGUGGCUGACUAGCGUGCGUUCGGGUUCCUCAUGGUUACUUGGCUUCCUGGGUCCGGGAUUAGCCCCUGCUUCAGAGAUGUGGAAGGACUGAGUGCAAUAACCCACAAAACUAAUUUACUCAGACUUCUGCUAUUAUUUCCUUUUAGCUAUGAAUUGCCUCUUCAAACUGAAAUCGAGUGAAAAAAGGGGAGGAAAGUGAGUCAAAUAUUUUGAGACAGUUUCGUGUAGCCCAAGCUCGCCUAAAACUUGCUAUACAGCUGAGCUCCCGAUUUUCCUAUACCCACCUCUGAGUUCCAGGACCACUGAGAUUUGCUACCACAUACUGAUUAUUCUUAGGUAAUUUUUGAUCAGCUGCCCACAUGAACCUGCUACCUUUGAGUGGGUUUUUUGCUGUCAUUUUUCUUGUUGUUGUUCUUGUUUCUUUGUUUGGUUUGGUUUUUGUACAUAACUGUGGGGGGAUGAGUAUAAGAAUGAAAAUGUAUGUGCAAUGUCGAAGGGUGAUCUCCAGGUAUCUUCCUUUAUUGCUUUUUACUUACGUAAAGAGAGGGUCUUUCACUGAACCACUGAAUGUGGAACUUUCUGUUCGGCUAUGCUGGCUCACAGGUGAGACCCAGGAUCCUCCUGUCUCCGUCUUCCCAGUGCUGGGAAUACACGUGUAUGCCACAUUGCUUGACUUCAUACACGGGCAUUGGAGAUCCAAACUUGGGUCCUCAUACAUAUAUGAUAGUCCAUAAGUUUACAUAACAAUCAGUUGCAAUUUAGAACUUAAACUUAGGCUCCGGUGAUGGUUUAUAUAGGUAAAGAUUUAAGUUUUCUAAGUUGAAAUUGAUUGUCCUGUAAGCUUACACAUUUCUAUUCAUUAUUCUCUCUAAAAAUCUCAUGUAGACCCAGCCCCUUGCAAUUUGGCCCAGUUCCUCAGGACAAAUGUCUUUUCUUUUUCCCUGAUUCCCUGUCACUCCAUCUCCCUCGGUCUGAGAACUAAAUUAAUGAAGAGUAUUUGGUUAGUCAUGUUGGGCGAGCUGCUCCCAAAAUAGCUCCUUCCAUUUUGGUAGCUCCGACCCUGCAGCUGCCGCGUCCCUUCCUUGUCUGUGAAGAAAACUUUCACAUUAAGAGUUGCUGAUGCAGGAUUUUCUUUCCUUUCCCCUCUCCGCCGCCUGUGGAUGAGCACUUGGCUCCUGACAGAAGCGAUUUGGCUCUCGGCUUUGUAGUUGAGAAGAAGUUGGGUCUAUAGAUUUCUUUCCCCCUCUAACUCUCUAUUGAUGUGUUCAGCCUUGGAGGGAAUAAAGCCUCCAUUUAAAGCAUGUUGGCGUCGCAAGGAGUCCUUCUGCAUUCUUAUGGCGUGCCUAUGGUUGUGCCUGCUGCCCCCUUCUUCCCGGGACUGAUGCAGGGUAAUCAGGAAGCAGCGGCCGCCCCUGACACAAUGGCUCAGCCUUAUGCCUCAGCGCAGUUCGCUCCACCCCAGAAUGGCAUCCCUGCAGAAUACACGGCCCCUCAUCCCCAUCCCGCGCCAGAGUACACCGGCCAGACCACUGUCCCCGACCACACAUUAAACCUGUAUCCUCCUACACAGACGCACUCGGAGCAGAGCGCUGAUACAAGCGCACAGACCGUCUCCGGCACCGCCACACAGACAGAUGAUGCCGCCCCGACCGACGGCCAGCCCCAGACACAACCUUCUGAAAACACAGAAAACAAGUCCCAGCCCAAGCGGCUGCAUGUGUCCAACAUCCCCUUCCGGUUCCGGGAUCCAGACCUCCGACAAAUGUUUGGCCAAUUUGGUAAAAUAUUAGAUGUUGAAAUUAUUUUUAAUGAGCGGGGCUCGAAGGGAUUUGGUUUCGUAACUUUCGAAAAUAGUGCGGAUGCGGACAGGGCGAGGGAGAAAUUGCACGGUACCGUGGUAGAGGGCCGUAAAAUCGAGGUUAAUAAUGCGACAGCACGCGUGAUGACUAAUAAAAAGGCCGUGAACCCCUACACCAAUGGCUGGAAAUUAAAUCCAGUUGUGGGCGCGGUCUACAGCCCCGACUUCUAUGCAGGCACGGUGCUGUUGUGCCAGGCCAACCAGGAGGGAUCUUCCAUGUACAGUGGCCCCAGUUCACUUGUAUAUACUUCUGCAAUGCCUGGCUUUCCAUAUCCGGCCGCCACUGCUGCAGCUGCAUACCGAGGGGCUCACCUUCGAGGCCGUGGUCGCACCGUGUACAACACCUUCAGAGCUGCGGCGCCCCCACCCCCAAUCCCGGCCUAUGGCGGAGUAGUGUAUCAAGAGCCAGUGUAUGGCAAUAAAUUGCUACAGGGUGGUUACGCUGCAUACCGCUACGCCCAGCCCACCCCUGCCACUGCUGCUGCCUACAGUGACAGAAAUCAGUUCGUCUUCGUUGCAACAGAUGAAAUUUCUUGUAACACCUCGGCAGUUACGGACGAGUUUAUGCUGCCGACCCCUACCACCACACACUUGCUCCAGCCCCCACCUACGGCGUUGGUGCCAUGAAUGCUUUUGCGCCCUUGACCGAUGCCAAGACUAGGAGCCAUGCUGAUGAUGUGGGUCUCGUUCUUUCUUCAUUGCAGGCUAGUAUAUACCGAGGGGGAUACAACCGUUUUGCUCCAUAUUAAAUGAUAAAACCAUUAAACAAACAAACAAAAAACAAAACAAAAACAAAAAAACCAACCUUCCAAUGUGGGGAGAGAGGAAGCUUUCCGAGGCCCGAGUGUUGCGACACAUGCAGUAGGACAUCACUUUAGCAACUCAAAGAAACAACUAAAAAAAAAAAAAAUCAAAAAAAAGAGGAAAAAUUACAUUUUUUAUCUUAUACCUCAGAUAUUUUGUUCUGUGUAUUUUAAUAUUGUGGGUCUUUGGUUUAUGAAGGUUUUUGUAGUUCAGUUGCUGGCUGUAGGAGUUUUUGUGGUUGAUCUAGAGAGAGGCUAGAUAUAAAUAAAAACCGAUUUAGGGCCAUAUCCAGAGUGCUAUAUUAUGUAAAUGGAUUAUAUAUGCCGAACAUGAAGCUACUGGGGUUACGCUGUUUGGGAAGACUGUAAGUGGCAAGUCAUUCUUUCUGCAUCUAUAUUAUUUUAUUCUGUGAAAGGGGAGGCCGGGAGGGGCUUAGGGGUUUGGGACUGGGGUUUGGCUGAAAGGAAAAAAAAAGAAAAUAUAUAUAUAUAUAAAUACAUAUAUAUAGUAACUGAUGAAUCUAAAUGACCCACUGCACCAACUAUCAUAAAUCUAUGGUUCGAAGUUACUCCUGGCAAAGGCAAGCCAAAGGCUGUGUUAAGAAUCUGCUUCUUAUAGCACGGAGAUUGCAGUUGAACGAAGCUGUGACGGUCCGCCCUCUUAUCAUUCCACCGCAGUACGCAGCUUCUUACCUACCCACUAGUUAUUUAAGCCAAGGCUACUAGUUAGGCCAUCAAUAAGCAUUCUUUUUAUAUUUCUUCCAGUAUGAGAAAUUAUUGAUAUCACUGCUGACUUUUAUAUUACGGGAGGGAAAAUUAACAUUAAUAAAAGGUGAUAAAAAGCACUGUUUCUAUUUUUUUCUUUUUUUCCAAAAAAGAAAGUAAUAAAAACUUAAAUUCUUUGUACCAGUUAAAAAUAUGUAUAAAAUUUACAUCUGUGCAGUGGAGUUAUGUUCUAGAAACAGUCUCUGAGGCUUUAGUUUUAGCUUAGUAGAUUAACUGUUAGAGACAGACGUAUAAUUUUUAUGGAAUUACAUGAUAAUCAUAUCUGGAUUUAUAGUCGCAUUUUACAAGUAUCGCAAUCAUUGAAUAGAGAUAAUCACGGUAUUUUCAUCAGCUUGAUACUUUUUGAAAACAUGACUGCGCUGUGAGCAACUUGCAAUUUUUCAGUCUGUGAGAGCCUGCCCUUCCUUCUCCCCAGUGCCCCAGGGUUAUGUUAAACUGGUGUCUUUACUUCUAUCGCCAAGGCCCAAGACAAUUGUCAGAAGGAAGCAAAAACAAGACAAAAAACAAAACUAGAACCAUGCCCUCCUUCCCCAAAGAGCAGUGUCUGCCGCAUCCUUUUCCGGAGCAGGGCCAGAGCAACACAGCCGAAAAAUUGCAGCUUGUGAAUUUCUUCUGUUUGAAUCCCCCCAUGUUGUCCUGUUUACAAGUUAACCUAAGUUGGGGUAUCUGUCAUGGGUCUUCCUGUUUUUGUAUUUAAAUUCUAAAAUAUCAGCAAGCUGUUCCCUGAGUAGUGUUUUUGCCUGUGUGUGCAGUGCCGGCCCCACGGCACGCACUUUAGUAAGUUAUCAACUCACGCUGUGAACCUGCCAAUCUGCUGUAACAACUCUGCUUUAAAAUCAAAACCAAACAAAACUUUAAAAAGAAAAAAAAAAGUGUUUGUGAUCCAGCUUUUCCUCAUCAUCCUACGUGCAUGCCCGUAAGAUCGGUUGGAUAUUAAACCAUCAAUAAAGUUUCAUGAGAUUUGAAAACAAAGUUUUCGUAGCUUCGAUAUCUAAGACAGAGGAUCAUGGUUUGGGAGAGGAAGAAAAGCAAGGGGCGAGGAGGGGAAGGGAGAGAGACUGCUGAACUGGUGAGAAGAGGAAAAAAAAUCUAGGAACUGGUCUUCUUUCACCAGACCUCUUUGAGUAGGGAGAGAUGGGGCCAGAGGGGGACAGGUUGACAACAUCACGUUCCCACUCCCCUGGCCUGCUACAGUGCGCACCUGGUUGAUGUUACCCAAGGCAACAAUUUAUCAUGAUGCUGUAGCAUUCGACCCCAGAUGGGGUCAAGGUAGUAAAAGGAAGGGGCUGCACAAAGGUCAACAGACUCCUCCCAGUCGCCCCAGCUUUCCAAGCCUAGAACCUGCAUUGUGUAUGAAAUCACAAACAUGGAAUUCUUACUGUGCUGGCUAAAGUAAAACUCAUUUGCGGUUUUGAUUUCCAUCAACGAACUGUACUUUCCCCCACGACCGUAUGUAGUUUUAAUAAAAAUCAUUUAGAGCAAGUGGGUGCCAACCGAUGUCGCAGAACCUUUUGUCUAGGCACUCCGCUGAGCUGCCGAUAAGUCGUUUUAAACUGUCAUGUCAGAGGUGUAAACAAACAUUUUGGAUUUUUUAAAACAACAGUAUUUAUUUGGAAUGUUUUCAUUUAUCUAAAUAACUAUUGCUAUUAUGAAUUAUGGAAAAAAGAUUAAUGUGGCAUAUAGUGACUUCUUAACACACAUCACUCAAUCUGCAAACCCAGAAAAUGUGUAUAUCUGUCUUUAGAAAUUAGUGUUUAUAUCACUUACAGUGGUUUGUGAAUAAAGAAAACUGGUUUGUAAUAUCAAAAAAUAAAAGCUUAGUCUGAAAAGGUA